AUGUCAAGUCUUCUUUUCCGUGCGACAGCGGAGAAAGAAUCGAGACGCAGCCCAAUUCGUCGAUCUUUCGCCUGGCAGGCGCCUGUUGAGGAAGUUCCUUACUUCACAGCCUCUGAAAACAGUCCAUUAGAGAUGGUAGAUUCCGGUAAUGAACUCAUUCUUGGUUUGAAGGGAUGCUUCGUCGACGAAAUUGAAGAGGUGGCAGGAAUCUGGGAUGGAAACGAGAAUCAAAGCAUGCAAGACGAUCAGAAAGAGGAACAGAAGCCGGAAAGCGAAGAGAACAAAGGGAGUGAAGAUGAGUUCAGCCCUGGAGAUAAAAAAGACGGCAAAGAUCUCUAUGUAUCAUGCGGACAUGAAGGAUACCUCACAUACCUAGCUCAAAUCCGGCUGCUCUGCAAGAUGUCGGCGAUCAAAAACAAGGACAUAUAUCCAUCAUCGACAAGACGAGCCGAAGCAUUAUGGCGAAUUCCGAUCGGAGACAUCGAAGCAACGUCGAGUUUCGAUGGCGUACGAGCCACAAGUGCGUGCGUGGACGCCUACGAGAUAAGCGUGCGCAACCUAGAAAACCUAGAGCAGGCGAAAGCGUUGACGAAACAGAAAUAUGAGGUCACAAUGGAGGAACACAGAAGAACUGAAGCUAUGGGAAUUGCUGGUCGGUACCGGUUGCAAAUGGGAGGAAUGAAGUACAAAAGGCCGUUUCUCACCAGAGACGGGUACGUCGGAAUGGGUCCCUUGUAUAUGCGUCCUAGAGAUGUUGUCGUCGUAUUUAUGGGAGCGAGGUUACCCUACGUAGUCCGCCCUGUAGAAGGGAUAUCGUUCCGAUUGCUCGGCGAGUGUUAUUGUGAUGGGAUCAUGGAUGGAGAGAUGGUGAAGAAGCGGAAGAAGAAGGAUUUCUUUUUGGUUUAG